UUUUCUCAGUUCCUCGUUGAAGAACAACCAUUUUCAAAUUCACUAACUACCACAACCGACAAUGAUGACUUCGUCGUCAACGCCCGCGACUCGCUACAGCUACCGCGUGAAUCACCUGGUGCAGAAAGACAUCCGCAAACCCAUCGAUGCCAUGAAGACCUUCAACGCCAAGGUGACGGAUGGUCGGAUCCCGAUCGUUCUCACGCCCAGCUACCCGACGUUGAUCACCUUGUUCAUGAAAGUGCCGUCGGGGCUUUGGGUGCUCAAGCAAAAGUGGAACGCCCACGCUGGUAUGAUGGAUCCUGGUCUCAAGAUGUUCUGGCCGGCCUGGAAUCGCGUCUCGCACAUCGUCACCAAGCAGGCAGUGACCUACUCGAACCCUGUGCGCGGAUGCCCCACCUCCGACAAUGUGAUGGUGGAUAUCGAUAUCUCCAUCAGCUUCCAGAUCGGCCCCACUGAGGACGACGCCUACACAUUCGUGUACACUUUGGGUGCGCAUCGCUUCGACGAGCUGCUCUACAGCUUGACAGAGGAGGCCAUUCGCGGCCUCGUACACUCAGUGCGUCAUGAUCAGGUGCAUGAUCUUCGAGAGGAGUUUGCCAUGGGCAUGAAGACGGAUCUGAAUGCCAAACUUAAGUCCUUCGGUGUCUUUAUCCACAACGUCAAAGUGACUAAUGUGGAUUUGCCACAAGCGCUCUCCAGGACGCUGGAAGAGACUACGGCGUUCAAGACGCGCAUGGAAGAACAAGAGAAGAAUCAUGAGAAUCAGAUGCGUAUUCUGCUAAACCAGGAAACGCAGAACCUCACCGCGUUAGAGAAGAACAAUGAGCGUGCGAUCCAAGAUCUACAGGCUGAAAGUGUUCGUGCCGCUAUCAUUCGUGACGAGCGACGCACGAUCGCUGAGGCCAAGGCACAAGUUACAGUUGCUGAGCAUGUGUCGAGAAACGAAAACAAGAUCAAAGCGGCGGAAGGUUACAAGGCUGAUGCUGUGGCCACUGCGACUGCUAAGACCGUGAAACGCAAAGCUGUGCCGUUGGUGGAGCUCAACAACCUCAAGACGGACUUUGAGCAGUUCGUGAACGUUGCCAAGGUGAAGGGAGACGCAAGAAUUCAAGCUGCGGAGAAGGAAGCGGAGAAGAUUCUGGCGAAUGCCGAGGCAGAAGGCAACUCGGCUGCGUUCCUGAAGGCUAAGCGUGACUUCGACUACAAACAAAAGAAGAUUACCAUGGAGUCUGCCUUGCUCCAGUCCGUUCCACUUGUCGUUAGUGGCAAGAAUGGAGACCAGCUCAUUCAAGGCACGCUGUUGCAAACAAUUGCGCCAGCCAAGUGAACGGACUUCUACGAAGUGACGCAUUUUCGAGCCACAGCUCGCCCAACGGAAGGCAUGACGCUGUCAUCGAUGUUUUAGUUGAAUAUUUUUAUUGAGUUGGUGACUAUUUGGCACUGCGAGAGCUACAAAGCAGCCUAUUUUUUUUUUAAUAACGCAACACAUUUAUUUGCAGCC